UAAAAAUGGGAAUAUGAAAGAAAAAAGAGUAGAGAAUAUUGGAAUAAAAAGUAAAUAGUGACGUGGCGGGAUACCCUAUGCCUUUACACACAUAUCUCGCAGAUAUAUAAACAGCGUCUGCUUCACGCCAAAGGAGAGAGAGAGAGAUCUGAUCGGUGAUUUACUUUUAGUUCGUCGGAGAGAUUUUGAUCAGAAUGAGCGGAGGAGGAGACGUGAACAUGAGUGGUGGAGACAGACGCAAGGGAACGGUGAAGUGGUUUGAUACACAGAAGGGGUUUGGUUUCAUCACACCUAGCGACGGUGGUGACGAUCUCUUCGUUCACCAGUCUUCCAUCAGAUCUGAAGGAUUUCGUAGCCUCGCAGCUGAGGAAUCUGUUGAGUUCGACGUUGAGGUUGACAACUCCGGCCGUCCCAAGGCUAUUGAAGUGUCUGGACCCGACGGUGCUCCCGUUCAGGGUAACAGCGGUGGUGGUGGUUCAUCUGGUGGACGCGGUGGUUUUGGCGGCGGUGGUGGAAGAGGAGGGGGACGUGGUGGAGGAAGCUACGGAGGAGGUUAUGGUGGAAGAGGAAGCGGUGGCCGUGGAGGAGGUGGUGGUGAUAAUUCUUGCUUUAAGUGCGGUGAACCAGGUCACAUGGCGAGAGAAUGCUCUCAAGGUGGUGGAGGAUACAGCGGAGGCGGGGGUGGUGGAAGGUACGGGUCUGGCGGCGGCGGAGGAGGAGGUGGUGGUGGCUUAAGCUGCUACAGCUGUGGAGAGUCUGGGCACUUUGCAAGGGAUUGCACUAGCGGUGGUGCUCGUUGAAGCAAACCAGACUGUGAAGAAGGGGUAAAUCAGUCAUCGAUCCCUCUUCUCCGUGACUUCUAUCAAAUUAUUAUCUAUCUUUUGUUAUUCGACUCUCUUCAAUGUUGUUUUCGGAAUUUAUUAAUUAGGACUUGUGGUUGUUAUGGUUAUGGUUCCUUGUGAUUUGAGAAAGAAACUGGAUUGGUUUUAAUUGCAUGUUUAUCAUAACUUUUGCUCA